AUGAUCUUACCACCAAAACGUCAAGCUGUUGUUGAUAGACUACGCCGAAGAAUAGAGACGUACAGGCGUCGGCAAUCUGAGUGCGUGCCGCGUUUCGACCAGUCGUUUAGCGGCGCGUGCGAACAGCAGAACUUGGAGACCAGCGCUCUGCAGAAGCGGUUCCUCGAGGGCAAGGCGAAGAGGCAGGCGAAAAAGACGGAACGCAAGCCAGACCUGCCAGCGAUUAGUAGCAACCUGCACAGCAGCGUGCAUGUGAGCUGUCAACAGAAAUUCGGUUGCGGCGACUACGAGCCGCCCGCCAAGCUGCAAUGCGGCGGCGCCGGCGGCGGAGGGGCCGGCGAGGGGCUCACCAAGUUCUCCGUGGAGAUAGUCCAGCAACUGGAGUUCACCACGUCCGCGGCGGACUCACAGCCGCAGCAGAUCUCGACUAACGUCACGGUGAAGGCGCUCGCGAACGCGGUGAAGAGCUCCGGCUCGCCGCCGCCCGCCCCCCAGCCGCCGCGCGCCCCCUCGCCCCUGGACUGCGAGCGCGAGUGCAAGGCCGAGUGCAAGUCCGAGGUGGCAGACGACGAGUUCGUCGGGCUGGACGAGUGCGCGGCGGCCCUGGAGCGGGACGCCGCGUCGGCGUUCCCCGGCCUGGCGGACCUGAUCGGCGAGGAGGACGGCGACGACGCGUUCGAGGACCUCAUCACGGAGAUAUCCGAGUACCCGGAGUUCAUGAAGGACUUCGACCUCGACGCGGGCAAGAUGAACGGCGGCGGCGGGCUCGCGGGCGGCCUUGAGACGAACGACGGCGAGCCAGCGCGGCCGUACGCCGGCGGCGAGAUGUCGCCGGCGGCGCAGACGCUCAAGCACAUGGCGGAGCAGCACCAGCAGGCGGCCGGUGGGGACUGGUCGCGGUAUCGCGGCUACAGCGGCUACCGGCCCCGCCCCCCGCCCCCCACCAUCGACCACCUGCACAUGUCGCAGCAGCAGCAACUCCAUCUCACGCAGCCCCAUCACAAUCUCCAGGUGUCGGCCGCUCAACAUAUGCAAGUCAGCGGUGCGGGCACCGGGGGGCAUGUGUCCGUGGCCGCGCAGCAGGGGAUGUACGCGAACUUCCAGCAUCAGGGGAAUCCAUCCCCUCAGCACCACCAAGGCGCCGGUUGCGACACGUACUCCGUCUCCCAGUCGCAGAGCCUCAAUUUCUCGCAAGCGAUGCGGAACAGGUCCUCCGGGCCUCAGCAGCAACAACAACAACAACAGCAGCAGCAACAACAGCAGCAACAACAACAACAGUCCACCGGACCCGGACCACCUGCUCUCGCCGUUCCGCGGCACCCGCCAGGCGUCGCGGCGGCGGGCGUGUCGCGCGAGCAGCAGGCCAAAAUGCUGCAGCAGCAGCAGCAGCAGAUGCUGCGCGCGCAGCAGCAGAUGCGCCCCCCGCCGCCGGAGUACAAGGCGCGCUUCGGCGCGGCGCCCGCGCCCCGCCGCGCCCCCGCGCCCCGCCCCUUCGCCCCCCACGCGCGCCAGUACGCGCCCGAGUGGCGGCACAUGCUCAUGCAGCAGCAGCCGCGCCAGCAGUUCCCACACCACCACCAAGGUUUCGGCAUGGCCGGCAUGGGCGGUGGCAUGACGCAGCAACAGCAGCAGCAACAGAUGCAGCUGCAACAGGCGCGCCUGCAGCAACACCAGCUGCUGCAACACCAGCAGCAAAGGGCGUCGAACCAACAACAAUCGCCGAUGUCGCAUCUCAUCAUGCAGCAAAAUCAAAUGAUGAGCGUUCAAGGACAGAUGCCAAACAUCCACAUGAGCCAGUCGCAGAGCAUGUCCAUGCAGCAGGCGGGGAUGGGCGGCAUGGGCGGAGCGCACCAGGGCAACCCCAUGCAGGGGCAGCCGGGGCCCAUGCACGCGCAGGGCAGCCCCAUGCAGCAGCAGAACUCCAUGAUGGCGCAGAACGGGCCGAUGCACACCCAGAGCAACAGCGCGCAGCACCCCUUCCCCUCGCUGCACACCACGUCUUCCUUCGCGGGGCCGGCUGCCGACUUCAACUUCGACUUCCUCGACAGCAUGCCUUCCACGGACGCCAGCAACCUCACCGCUCAGGAGCUGUUGAACUCCCUAGACAAUUCCUUCUUGAACGAUAUUCUG